CCAAGAUGAAUCAUAUAGAACUUACAGCUUCAAGAUAGCCAGGUUAGCAAGGCAGUCAUAUUCCUCGCUGCGGAUCUGGUGGUAGAGGUAAUCCUCGAGAAUACCGACAUUUGAUGGGUUGUAACGGUCUGGGAUUGCAUGAGUGCAAGAUCGACAGUAAAUAAUUAACAAUCACACACCAACACCGGAUACCAGAUUUUCAAUAAGCUCUGUCCGUGAAGGAGGGGAAAGCCACGCUGCUGUUGCUGCCAUUGCCGCGUUGUUUUUGAAGGAUAUGUGUAGUGGAAGAGCAAAAACUAAAAAGUUGAUAGACCCCAGACACCGGGACUGAAACACUUCGAUUAAUUGAUCUAGAGUCCUCUUCGUACUAUAUGUGCAGUUGCUCAUGGCCGUCGAAGACGAUUGCUCGAUGAACGGGGCUAACGGAGACACCUCACAAAUCGACGCCGUCGUGUCAAAUGAGAGCUCAGACGAAGGGGUCGAGGAAACAACUUCAGAUCAUCAUCUUCCGAACGGGCGCAUACAGUCUACUCCUGUUCCAGAUGCGACAAUGCCGAACACAAAUAGAUCGAGGCCACAAUAUGCAGUAAAAUACAUUCUGAGCGGACACACUAUGGCAAUAUCCUCCCUCAAGUUCAGUCCAGAUGGCACCAUGCUUGCAUCGUCAGCCGCCGACAAACUGGUAAAGCUGUGGGAUGCAUACUCAGGAGAGAUCUUGAGAACUUUCGAAGGUCAUACUGAGGGUGUUAAUGAUGUCGCCUGGUCCAACGAUGGGGAAUUUCUUGCCUCCGCAUCGGACGAUAAGAGUAUCAUACUUUGGAGUUUAGAGACGAAUUCUACUGUGAAAACCCUCCUAGGGCACACAAAUUUCGUUUUCUGCGUUAACUUCAACCCCAGAUCUAAUCUUUUGGUCACCGGGGGAUUUGAUGAAACUGUUCGCGUCUGGGACGUAGCAAGAGGGAAAUCAUUAAAGAUUCUUCCUGCCCACUCUGAUCCUGUGACUGCUGUCAGUUUUAAUCACGACGGAACGCUCAUAGUAUCCUGCGCGAUGGAUGGACUGAUACGAAUUUGGGAUGCUGAGUCCGGACAGUGUUUGAAGACAAUUGUCGAUGACGAUAACCCUAUAUGUUCACACGUCAAAUUCUCUCCGAACUCGAAAUUUAUUUUAUCAGCAACCCAGGACUCAACAAUCAGACUUUGGGACUACCAGAAGACACGUUGCGUCAAAACGUACACUGGUCAUACCAACAGGACAUAUUGUCUGUUCACUUGCUUCAGUACCACUCGAGGAUUAUACGUGGUGAGUGGCAGUGAGGACGCAAAAAUAUAUGUAUGGGACUUGCAGAGUCGCGAAGUGCUACAAGUCCUUGAAGGCCACAGAGAUGCUGUCUUAGCAAUUGCGACUCAUCCUGUUCGUAACAUCAUGGCUUCUGCUUCAAUGGAGAAAGAUCUGACCAUCAGGCUGUGGUAUGAUGAAUGAGUUGACUCGUUCAGAAUGCGUGGUUAUAAGGAAGCUGGAUCUCAAGGAUUAAUCGAUUAAGAUUGAACCAGGAAUAAUUGACUUGGGCGGUCCACAAAAUGUUUAGUAAAAAUAAUCUUUCAGCAAAAAUGUGGGCUCAACAGAUAUUUCAACUCGGGAAAGGAUGCUGUAAGUAUACCCUGUUGGCGGUGCACCUGACACUACCACAAAGAAGCGGGCUGUGGCCAGUGUGUAUGGGGUUAUUUAAACUCCGCUCCGCAGUGUAUAUAAGCGAGGUGUCAUCAGCUUUAGGGUCUCACCAAUCCUCACAACCUACUCUCAACUUCAGGAUGCAGAUUUUUGUCAAGACCCUU